AUGGUACAGACGCAGUUCAGUAAGAAGGUCAAGUUUGUGCGACACUACGGAGCUUGCGAGCUCGCAACCAACUCGCCUCGUAUUUUCAUCGAAGACGAAGGCAUUGAACAGCAGACAACGGUUUCAUGUACACUUCAAACCGACGGAACAUCAGAGCGUGCCAUUAGGACUAUCGUCACGAUCGGCCGCAGCAUGCUUCAUCAUGCCAAACUGAACAAGUGUUUCUGGGCUGAAGCAGCGAUGACGGCCAUCUACGUCAAGAAUCUGUUGUAUCUUGAGCGCGAGGCGAAGAGAAAACGAAGCGGAGAGACCGGAGAGAACGAAGCAGAGAACACUUGCUCACUUGAGGGAGGAUUCGAAAGUGAUUGA